AUGAUUGAGGACAAGUAUAUCGGCCUGGCACUUGCCAUGUGCUCAGCUCUUGCCAUUGGAACCAGUUUCGUCAUCACCAAGAAAGGAUUGAUUCAAGUAGAGGAGCGUCAUGGUGUCGAGGGUGAAGGAUUUCUAUACCUACGGAAUCCUCUGUGGUGGGCUGGUAUCGCGACUUUGGCUACAGGAGAAGUCUGCAACUUUGCGGCAUACGCCUUUGCCCCCGCGAUUCUCGUCACCCCUCUCGGAGCCAUCAGUGUCCUAAUCGGUGCUGUCCUCGGAUCUUACUUCCUUAAGGAGGAGCUGGGAACGCUGGGCAAGCUCGGUAGCGCCAUCUGCCUCAUCGGCGCCGUCGUCAUUGUGCUCCAUGCCCCUGCGGAUGAGGACAUUCAGACCAUUGACCAGAUUCUGCACUAUGCCAUUCAGCCAGGAUUCCUUCUCUACGCCAUCGCCGUCGUCGUCUUCGCGCUCAUCAUGAUCUACAAGGUUGCCCCUGUUCACGGCAAGAAGAAUGCACUCAUCUACCUUUCGAUCUGCUCGACCGUCGGCUCCAUCUCCGUCAUGUCUGUCAAGGCUUUCGGAAUCGCCCUCAAGCUUACUUUUGCCGGCCACAACCAGUUCACCCACCCCUCGACCUACGUGUUCAUGAUUCUUACCGCCGUGUGUAUCCUCACCCAGAUGAACUACUUCAACAAGGCUCUGGCCGUCUUCCCCACGAACAUUGUUAACCCCCUGUACUACGUCACCUUCACUACCGCCACCCUCUGCGCGUCUUUCAUCCUCUUCAGCGGUUUCAACACGACCGAUCCCGUCAAUACCCUCUCUCUGAUCUGCGGUUUCUUGAUCACUUUCACCGGUGUCUAUCUGCUGAACCUCUCAAGAGGCGACCCCCACGGCCACAAGCUGAUUGUUGGCCGAGGAGGAUCCGAUGCCACUGGUACUGAUAUGGUGUCCGGCCUCCAGACUCGCCUGAGCAUGCAGUCCAGGCGUAGCUGUGACCCGCCGCGACACAGCGUCAGCAGCCUGCAUGGCGAUCGUGAAGGCCUGAUUCACGCAUACGACGAGGAGGAAGCCCAUGGCUUCGCCCUGACUGACCUCGCCGAGGACAGCGACGACGAUAUGCGCCGAUCUAACGGCAAUGGCAAGGCACACUACGAGAACGGUAUCGAGCUCAACAACCGCAAGUAUGGCGACAGGUAA